CCUGUCUGAGAUUGGCCCGGAGGCUUCCAAGACGCCCCAAGAAGAGCGGUCGGCCCAAGAGGCCCCCAGGACCGCCCCAAGACGGCGCGGUAAGGGCCCCUCCGUAGGCAUUUUGGCUCAAGCUCAAGGCUCGACGCAAAGCCUCGCCUAGAACUCAGCCGCGUGCCGAACAAUUACCGCUUCCUUUAGCCCCUCGCGCGAUGAUGAUCAUGCAGGCGACGGCGUCAGUGUUGAUGCUCCUGCUCCGCGGGUGCUCCACGCUCCACGUGGUCUCCAGCCUUUCGCAGAUCCAGAGCUGGCAGUCCGUCAAUUCGGCGACGAACUCCGGCAAGCUGGCCACGCCUCCGCUUAUCGACAGCGAGGUGACGGUGACGACAUUCGCGGGGAUGCACGCGGCGAUCGCCGCGCGGAACGGCUCGCUAGCGAUCAUCGUGGACGCUGACAUCGCGGUGCAGAGCACGGACACUGUGUUGGACUGGUACAGCUGCGACACUCUGGUCAUCAAGGCCUCCGAAGGCAACCACUUCACGAUCGACGGCACAGGCCUUAAUCUCAAUUCUUUUUCGGCAAUGUUCCUGAAAUUUCAUGGCGGCGAUUUGUGGAUCGAGGAGCUCACCUUCAAAGGCUUCACAGCGGAACGUGGCGUCUGCCUGAUAAAUUUCCACAAUCAUCGCGACUGUACGGAUGCCAGCGUCGGUUCCCACGCGACCAUCGUGCGCUCGGCUUUCAAAGAUUCGAAAGCGUUGGAGGGGAUGUUGCAAUUCAAUAACAGAUAUCUCAGGGCUCACCUCUGCGACUGCUUUUGGGACAAUAUCAUGCCAGGUUGGCCUAGCCACGUGAAGGCGAAUAAUAUCGGCCUCCUCACGUCCACAUGCUCGGGCGGGGGGGUGAACAUCUUACCCAAUAUGGGUCCCGAGUGCAGGGUUGGUAAUGGGCCGUACUACCUCACCCCUCCAGGAGCGUCAUAUGAUUGGAAUCUGAAUCGAGAGGAGACCUGUCGUGAUUUUUUGCUGUGCAGCAGCGAGAUGCCGAUUGGUGGAUCUCCGUCCGGCUACUGCCCGACCGCCACUUUCUCGCUCCGGAGUCAGGUUUCGGGCGUUACAGCGAAGGGGGACCCUCACUUGCAGAACAUCCACGGGGAGAAAUUCGACCUGAUGAAGCCUGGUAGGCACGUCUUGCUCUACAUUCCGAGGGCUGCCGCGGCUGAUGCCACGCUGCUUCGCGUUUCGGCCGAGGCUCAGAAGUUGGGCCGACGAUGCGAGGACAUAUACUUCCAAGAGUUGAACAUCACGGGGAAGUGGGCAGAGACUCAGAAGCCCAACGGUUUCGUGUUCCGCGCGGCCGAGGCUGGCUGCAACCGCAACUCGAGCCGCAUGAGGUUCGACCAGUUGGACCUCAAGGUCGUCCAUGGAUGCACAUCGCAAGGCGUGGCCUACCUCAACUUCCAUGUCAAGCACAUCGGCCGCAUCGGGCUGGUAAUAGGAGGGCUGCUUGGGGAGGACGACCACACGGAAGAGGCGACGCCCUCCAACGCGUGCGUGCGCCAGAUCAGUUUGGAAAGGAUGUCAUGAUGAGCGGCCUAGUGGUGGAACGGCGGCUGGGAGAUGCGCCUUAUGCUUCGUAUAGAAAGACUUCUCUUGUACAUAACCAGCUGCCUGCGGCAAGACCCGCCACCGCGCCAGUCAGCAUGCUCGGGGGCUCUCGUUUGAAGGGGCACCGGAGGCCGUACUCGCGAGGGACGAACAACAUGAUGACGAUGAGGAGGAGGACUUCGGCAUUGGGGGGGACACGCGACUUCUGGAGGUCUCUUGCCAUCGAGGCACGGCCACCGACGUUGAGCCGGCCCUGGAGAAGGGGUCGGGAGCCAGAGGGCCCACGUAUCGGCAAACAUCACGACGUCGGAGGUCCGGAUUUUUUCUUCGCGCGAGUCUGAUGCUGUAGAGGCGCGGACCAACCCGCAUGCCACAACGAGGGCACGUGCUCUAAUUUUUGCCAGCGUGCGCCUCAACCAGUAGGUUCUGACCUUCUCGAUUUGCUCCGCAAUCGGCAUGGUCGCUUAGGGUGCUGUCGGCGGCUUGUAGAGGGCGUCGCGACCGCAUUUUGUGUGCCUUGCCCGUGCACGUUGCCUGUCUGGAUGGAGAAAGGAGACGC